UUUUAGCGAGACGUUCUUCGUUGCGUUGUUUGGUUUAGGAUUGUUGGGUGCUAGUUUCGAAUUUUUUAAAAGCGCGUGACUGUCUUAAUCACCUAUUAGAGGUUCCGGCCGAAAGGCCGUAUUGGAGAAGAAUAAGAAAAAGUACCAGAUAGCGCGGGUGUACUUGGUGUUGCUUUUUUUUGUGGCCGCUACUGAUGAUGAGUGCAUCUUUCAAUGGGAUGUUGUUUGGUUUGUUCCUUCCGCUAGCGGAUCUUCGAAGCUUCUACCAGACCAUGGAGCUUGCGUGUUGAUGGCCUUAAGAGCGCGCGCUCGUUGUCUGUCUUAGCGCAAAUUAAACCACCUAGCCUAGUCGCUGCCGUACUAAAUAAAGCGCCGAGAUAGCAGUUUCCGUUGUUUUGUGGUCGGUGUUUGUGGAAUUUGAAGCAGCCAGCAGCCACUUUCGGGGUCCAAACUGUGUGCAGGGUGCGGAAUACUUGGUGAUCACACUUGGGUGGUUUUCAGAAAAGAUCUCCGUCUAGAGCACCCUGCUGUGCGCAUGGGAAGAAAGAAGAUUGAAAGAAUUGUCUGAGUCGGGGUUUUCUGUGUGCAAGUGAAAACGCGAUUUACCAUGACAUGAGAAAUUAUUACACCUGGAUAGGCCUCCCAGUGGAUAGUAAGUAGGUAGUGUACCGAUCUUCUUGAAGCGUAGUUUAUGAGCCAAACACGGCGUAUAGUUCAAUCUACGAAACAGUUAAUUAACUGUUGUAGGAAACGAGUGAUUAUCGGAUGAGAGGAGAAUGUUGUUGAAGCCCCACAUCUCUUCCCUAUAGAGUUGUCCAUAUAUUCUUCAAAUUGGAGUGUGAAAAUUUGGCGCCUUAAGAAAAAAGUUCAGACCGCACCGCAAAUCGAAACAGCUGCUCGUUAAAAUUCAAACGUGAAAUACUUGCUCACAGGGCUGUAACAAACGUGACCUUUAUAUUAGUUUGUGAGCGUUUGCUGUUUUUUUGCUACUGCAGUUGUUUAAAUCCAUCAGCUGUUACUUUUUUUUUUUGGUAAACGAAAAGUGAAUGACAUCAGAGGAAUAAAUCGUGGAGUGAAACAACCUAUAACAACAAAAAAGAAAAGCUCUCGCGAACCGAAUGCAACAGUCGAAUGAAGUGGUCAAGAAGAAAGUUUUUCGAGUGAGCUGCUGGGGUUUUUGAACGAGUGGGCUCUGUUUUUCUGUGUUUGUGAUUGUUUUGGAGAUCCCGCUAAGCCAGAUUGUUCACCUAGAGGUGAUUAUUGAUUUUUGAUGUAACGAUUUUCUCGUAACGUUUAGGCGGAUGUCAGAAUUGGAUUGAAGCACCCAGAGAGCGCCAAUUUUUAUAGAAAUCUUCUCAAAUACAGAUCGCCGCUGAAAUUUGAAGAAACAAAUCGUUUGGCUUUAUGUUCGGAUCAAUGAAGGAAGGUCAACAGUGAGUCGUUUUUUUUUUCUCGCUUUCCGAACCUCGAAACAUGAGCCACCUUUGGAAGCCGGAAUCCAUGGGUUUUGCAGAUGUUGCCAAAGUUGGCUGGAUGUAAGUGAAGAAGAAGGGAAAACGUCGGCUGGUUGGAUGCUGCCUAGAGAUUUGAACAUUCGGACAAAUUGCUGUGGAUUUGAAAAAGGAAUAUGGCCUACCAUGGGCUGUCGCAGCACGUGGACUUUGCGCGACUUCCGAGCCCGGCUGAGCGCUUCGAGCUGCUGGAUUUGAUCGGCGAAGGAACCUACGGGGAAGUCUACAGCGCCAAGGACAAACACAAUGGACGCAAGUACGCGGUCAAGAUUCUCGAAAGCAUUGCCGAUAACAUCGAGGAAAUCGAAGAAGAAUAUCUCGUACUGCGAGAUCUUUCCAAACAUCCCAAUAUUCCAGAUUUUGCGGGAUUAUUCCUGAAACGUGGCGCAACUGUUGAAGAUGACCAGCUCUGGUUUGUCUUGGAGCUAUGUACCGGCGGCUCGGUAACGGAUCUGGUCCAAGGACUUCGAAAUCGAGGUGCCCGCCUGACCAACAACCAAAUUGCCUACAUUCUAAGAGAAACCGUACAUGCCUUGGUGUUUCUCCAUGAAAACCACUGCAUGCAUCGGGACAUCAAGGGUCACAACAUCUUGCUGACCGAAAAUGGACAAGUCAAACUGGUUGACUUCGGUGUCAGCACCCACCUGGCCGCUACCAUGGCCAGACGGAAUACUUCCGUUGGUACACCGUAUUGGAUGGCACCGGAAGUUAUAGCCUGCGAACAACAGUUGGAUCAGUCCUAUGAUUCUAGGUGUGACGUGUGGUCAAUUGGGAUUACGGCCAUUGAGUUGGCCGAAGGUGAUCCUCCGCUCUGUGAACUCCAUCCAAUGAGAGCGUUGUUCCAAAUUCCUAGGAAUCCACCCCCGAGAUUGGCUCAUCCGGAACACUACUCCGCGAUGCUAUCGGAUUUUAUAUCCGAGUGUUUGGUCAAAGAUUUGGAGCAGAGACCGUUUUCUAAGGAGUUGAUCACCCAUCCGUAUCUGAAAGCCGUUGGACCUUACGUAGAACAAGUCCGUCAAGAGUUGAAAAGUGAAAUUCAGAGACAGAGAAACGAUGGGCGUGCUCCAAGGCAAGCUGAAGCAACAACCAAGUAUGGUAAACUUAAAUCUGAUCGCAAAUCGAAGCCUCAGAAGAUGUAUAUGGACGAUUUGGCAGCACUGGAUGUCUUAACCGAGGAAACGAUCGUCGAACAGUUGCAAAAACGCUUUGAGACCAGCCAAAUCUACACUUAUAUUGGAGACAUCCUGGUAGCGGUGAAUCCAUUCGCCCAUCUGGGACUGUAUACUACUUACCAUCAGAUGAAAUAUGCAGCCAAAACUAGAUCGGACAAUCCGCCUCACAUUUUUGCCGUAGCAGAUGCUGCCCACCAAGCACUUGUACAUCAGAAACAAAAUCAAGCUAUCGUCAUUUCCGGAGAAAGUGGUUCCGGAAAGACUGAGAGUGCCAAUCUGCUUCUCAAGCAACUCGUUUACCUAGGCAAAGCUGUUACCAAAAACCUGGAAGAGCGAAUCCUUCAGGUUAAUCCCAUCAUGGAAGCGUUCGGCAAUGCCCGAACAGGGAUCAACUCUAACAGUUCCCGCUUCGGAAAGUACCUUGAACUGACGAUGGCACGCAGUGGAAAAGUUAAUGGAGCUCGUAUAUUUGUUUACCUCUUGGAACAAAGUCGGGUGGUGAAACAGGCUGAAUCCGAAGGAAAUUUUCACGUUUUCUACUACAUGUACGAUGGUCUCCAGGCUGAAAAGCGAUUGGAAGAGUACUAUUUGCAUCCUUCAUACCGGAAGACGCAUCGCUACCUUCAGGAAACGGUAACCCUACCCAAGACCAACGUUGAACGUUGGAAACAGCUGCUGGCAAGCUUCAAGGUACUCGGCUUUAGAGAUGACGAGGUGGACAUGGUCAACCGGGUACUGGCGGCCAUUUUGAACCUUGGGGACAUGGAAUUUGGAGAGGUUGAUUCUAACGAUAACACCGAUAGUAAGGCUAGGGUCAUUGACGUUGCUCCGAUGCAUCGAGUUUCCAAGCUGCUGGGAGUUGAGGCUGCGGACCUACUGGAAGCUUUAACCUCAAAUUCGGUUGUCACUCGUGGUGAAACCAUAACUCGUCACAACAACGUUGCUGAAGCUUGCACGGCAAGAGAUGCCAUGGCCAAAGGACUCUACGGCCGGCUAUUCGAUUGGAUGGUUAAUCAGAUCAAUCUUCUGCUUGUUCACAACAGACCAAACAACAGCUCCGAACAACUUGCAGUGGGUCUGUUAGACAUUUUUGGAUUCGAGAAUUUCCCGAAAAACUCGUUUGAGCAGCUUUGUAUCAAUAUCGCCAACGAGCAGAUUCAGUACUACUUCAAUCAACAUAUAUUUACUUGGGAGCAACAGGAAUACAUGGCAGAAGGAAUCCCAGUGGAUCUAGUGGAGUUCGCGGAUAACCGACCAGUACUGGACAUGCUCCUAAGCAGACCUCUAGGUUUGCUAGCUUUGCUGGACGAAGAAUCUCGCUUCCCGAGGUCCAAUGAUCGGUCACUUAUUGAAAAAUUCCACAACAACAUCAAAUCCAAGUUUUACCAGCGUCCUAAAUCGGACGCCGUAUGUUUUGCAAUCCACCACUUCGCGGGUCGGGUAGUUUACCAGGCCGAUGGAUUCCUGGAGAAGAACCGCAACUUCCUGCCGGCUGAGAUUAUUCAGCUCAUACGCCAGAGUCAGUACGACAUGAUACGCUUCCUGUUCCAGUGUCCCAUAACCAAGACCGGCAACUUGUAUUCAGCCAUCCAGGACACCGGUUCGAGACAGAAUGUUUCCAGCUUCAUUAAGGUGGAUACUAAGGAAAAGUUCAACUCCCGAGGUUUGGCUUCCCAAUCGAGGGCCCAACAGACUGUAUCCACCUAUUUCCGUUACUCGUUGAUGGAUCUGCUGCAAAAGAUGGUCACCGGAACGCCUCAGUUCAUCCGUUGCAUCAAACCCAACGACUCCAAGGCAGCCAAAACCUUUGAACCGACCAAGGUACUCAAACAGCUACGCUACACCGGAGUGCUCGAAACGAUCCGUAUCCGUCAGCAUGGUUUCAGCCAUAGACUGGCGUUUGCUGAAUUCUUAAAGAGAUACUACUUCCUCGGGUACGGAUUCGAGGAACGCGUCGUCGCUAGCCGAGAGUCGUGUCGUUUACUUUUAGUGCGCCUAAAAAUGGACGGAUGGGCUCUCGGAAAGUCCAAGGUGUUCCUCAAAUACUACCACAUCGAGUACCUGUCCAAGCUGUACGAGGAACAUGUACGCAAAAUUGUGUUGGUACAGGCGUGCGUGCGUCGUUGGCUGGCCAAGGCAAUGCUCAAGCGAGAGAGGCAACAGAAACAGCGGGCCGCCGUUAGUGCCGUGACGCUUCAGAAACAUGUCCGAGGCUGGUUGACCCGGCGUCGCAUGAACAAGCUGCUUCGCGAAAAGCAGGAAAAAGAGCGACAGGAGAAGGAAAGGCUAGAGAAGGAGCGGAUCGCACGGGAGAAGAAGAAUAAUGAACAAAACAAAGCUAAACAGGCUUUCGCAAAGGCCAAGCUCAUUCACCAGAUGUCCAAUGGCGAUUUGAUCAAAUCGAGCGACAAGACUCACAUGGACAUGAACAACAAGGAGAACGAAAAGGCAGCAAUCGUCAUACAAAGCUACUAUCGUGGAUAUACGAUUCGCAAAAUGAAAAUGACUCCGGAACUGGAAGCAAAAACCAAAUAUAUUUUAGGUAUUGCUAAAAACCGCGUUGAAGCCCAGAGGAUGAUGCAAAAGGAAGGUUUCUCCAAGGAGGACGCCGCUCGAAUCAUCCAGCGCUACUAUCGAACUCACAAGAGCAAAAACAACGGCAACCGGGACAGUGGCAACCGGAAGAAGGGACCUGCCCCACAACCGGUGAAGCCUCUCUCCACCAAGGACCAACAGAUGGAGCUGAUAUCAUUCUCACAAAAUGUGCACAUGUUGAACCAGGAAGUGCAUAAGAAUCUGCGCUCCAAUAAGACCGGGGUCCCGCUGGAAGCUGUCGAGAAACUUCCAAGUGAUUACAAACGGCCACCUGGGUUUGUUUUGGUGCCCGGAUUGCUGGGAACGGUUCCCGGUGGGGAGUUUGCCAAGUUUUCACUGCGCAGCUCCGGGGAUUGUGACCACGAGUUGACCAAGGAGGUUAUCCAGAGACCGCCCACGCCACCGGGCACCGAAUUCGACGACGUUUCGCCGUGGGAUAUGCCCUUCUACGAGCUGGAACGGAAUCUCCGUUCGCAAAGACAACGGAACCCGCAGCAGCAGCAACAGCAAAGGAUCGACAUCAAUCGGAACGACAUUCUCGGUGACCGCAAGCUGGAACUGAACGAGCGCAAACAGCAAUUGUCCAGCAACUGGCACCAGGCGUUUCCGCAUCACCAUGGGCAGUCGGAACCGACAUCUGGGUCCGGAUCCGGUUCCGGUUCCUCUGGGUCGCACCACCAUCAGGAUCACAAGUUCAAGGGGAUGGUCAGAUCCAACAACCACAACGAACCGUCUCAAGUUCGUCACAUCCCCGCCUUCAGCUAUCUGAAUCCGAACGCCCCUCAACUACUACGUUACUCACCGAACAGCGAACAGCAACCAUCAUCGCCACACCAUUCCCACAAGCAGCAAUAUCACCGCGACAGCAGUAGUGGAGCCACGCCAACGAGCGACGUCAGCAGAAACAGCCAUCGAUACAACGAGAUGAUAUCACAGUACGUACAGCAGCAGCUGCAGCGAUCGGCACGGGAUCACGCCAAGGCCAAGAAGCUUAGCAAGAGUGAAUCCAAGGUGAAGGAGAAAGAGAACAAGGAGAAGAAGAAGAAAGAGAAAAAGGCCAAGAAAGAUAAGGAAAAAUCCAAUUCGGAGGAGAAGUCUCGCAAGGAGUCGAAGAAGAAGGCUCCGAUGCCGAAUCCGCAGCCUCAACAGCAGGUGCCGCAGAAACGGAUGAUCGAACAUCAUGAGUAUCAGAACAUUUCGGAAGAGACCAAAAUAGACAGCAAGAGUCCGGUCAUGAGAAUGUUUGGGGAUACAAACUUCCUGCUGAACCAUAGACGCAAAUCUUCGGGUCCGAAAGAGAGUGGCCUAAGUUGUGGUCAAGGAGUUUGUGAACUGCUCAACGGAGUGUAUCGCUUUAGUCCUCAUGUGACCUCGUUUGACGAGUUGGAAUCGAAUAAGGGAAGUGACAACCGAUCACAUGCAUCGACGUUGGAUUCGAAGGAGUAUCAGAACUUGAACGUUUCCAAGUACUUGAACAUUGACGUAAAGACACCGAAUUUGAGAACCGUAAGAAAUCCGCAUCAUCAGUACCAAUAUCAUCACGGACAUCACUACUCCGGACAUCUAAGUUCUAAUAGUAGCAGCUUAAGCGGGGGAAGUAGUGGCUCGAAUUCGUUGAAUUCGUUCGAUUCCGUUGAACAGGCAAUCAUCUUCCAGAAGAACAAAAACGCGGACUCUUACCUGGGACCGUUUAACUUCCGGCAGCUGCUGAGGCCUACCCAAGGUCCCACGGAAUCACUCCGAAAGCGCAAAGGUAUCAAUCCUGGAUCACCACCUCCACUACAAAGGGGUAAAAGUUAAACGUUGAAUGUUGAUUUGUAAAAGUGAUCGAAAUUGAUCCCCGCCUCAUGUUCUGCAUUUUCGGGGUUUAUGUUUAGGUUAGAAAGUUUCUGUUCGAUUGGUUUGAGCAUUGAUUUUUCACGUUUUUUUUUGUUUUCGAGAUUUUAUCUAACUUAUUCGGUGUGAUUUCCAAAACGCUGAUAGACCAACUCGUUCUGCAUUCUGUCUUAAGGUUUGAAGAAAAACUGAAAACGAUAGAACAUUGCGUGUUUGAAGAAAUUCCGGUCACAAUAGUUUUAGACUUCAUUCAAAUCAUGGGAGUUUUCACACUUUAAAUGAAAUUGCUCGUUCUAAGGGCUUAACAGAAGAUUCUUUUAACAUUGAAAAUAUUACUCUUAUUUCUUGAAAUUUCAAUAUUAUUAAUAAGCAAUGCAACUUUGUUGAACUUAAAAACUCAAUCAUUUAUUUUUCAAAACUCCGUUGGUAAACAACUACUUUUAUCGAUUUUUGAAAUCUUCUUUAGAUCUUCGAAUUACGCAAAAUAUAUGAAUGCAGAACGAUUUUAGGUCUAUCGUAGAUUUUCGCUUGUUUUUAAUAUCAAUUUGAUGAAACACUACAAUCAUUAAAUUUAUCUACUACCACUAUCUUGAUUAUUUUGAAAACAUCAUUGGUUUGACUUUCUUCACAUUAUUUAACUAAUGAUCCUACUUUGCAUGUUCAAGAUAAGCAAAUCAAUCUCAUUCAGUCAACUUUUUUUUCAACCAUAGCUUUUCUACAGACUUUCCGGGGGUAUUAGUUUCCUUGAGAUCGCGCUGAGGGGUAAAACUUGCACAUUCCGAUUCUUGGUUCUUAGCUAUUCUCUGUAGCCGCAAAACCGUUUAUUGACUUUGCAAGGUUCCACUUUUUUUGUGCUGGUGGGAUCAAACUGAACUGCAUUUUCUUCCAGGGGACAAGAAAGUUAUUCCCCACGGGCAUAGUUUUUCAUCAUCCUGAAAAUUGGUCUUAACAAAAGGAAAAAAAACUAACGGAGAAAUUUCUCAAGGAAAAAAUAUUUAUUUAUUCUUUACACCAAUUACUAAGAGAUGUUUUCAAUUUUAAAUAAUUAAAAAAUUUACAAGAAUUUGUAAAAAAAGACUGUUUUUUAAUUUUGAGAUUUUUAAAGAAAUUCUCAGCUUUCCGUGCCCUCAGCAAUUUAUUCAAUGCACGUCUUAUCUCCGUUUUCCACCAAUUGCUUGUCGUCUGGGGUGAAAAUUUCUCAAUUGUUUUUAAAUGAAUGAAAAAUCCUUGCAGCUAAACGUUCCGCGGGCACAAAGAAAGUGCAGGAAAUUACCCAACCGCCAGUUACGGGAGCAUAAUAACAGACCUUGCGGAAUGUGUGAGUCGGGCGAGAAGAUGCUCUUGAAAAUAAAUUAAAUUCUCGCUUCGUCAGAGAACAGGACCGAUCCUUCAGAAGCGGUAAGAAAUAAAAGUUUAAUCCUUCACCGUGGAAUUUAUUUUCAAUAAAACGAAAACAGGUCCUUCACUUUACAAAAUUUGGCUUCGGUAGCCCUUUCUUAGGAAAAACGUUACCUGUUUCUCGGUUAGAAAACUUCUGAAAUCUAUAGACCCUAGAUCUUUACUGUUCCAUAUGUAUUAUUAUUAUUUAUUCCUUAUACUUUAUACACAGUUAAACGCUUAACAUAAGAUACCACUUUAAAGAUACCACAUUGGGGAAGAAUAAUGACUAAGAUAAGUUUAACAAUGAAAAACAAAAGGAACAAAAUCUCUUUACAUCCUAUGUAACCAAAGAUAGCAAAUUGGAUUUACCUUCGUCUUUAUUUAGCCUGUAAGAAGCACCCGAGUUAUCCAUUAGUUGUGUUUAUCAUGGCGUAAAUCUAAAUAUUAAAAAUAAAACAAAAACCUCAAAAGUGUUGUAUACCAAGUUAAAAACAAAUGUUGACCAUUUUUGUACACCCGAAAAAAAAAGAAAAUAGACAGAUACACUCAUGUUAGAAGGCAUCCAUCGAUGUACAUAUGAAGUUUUUUGUGUAUGUAACAUAUGAUUGAAUGUAAGUGGGUAAUUGCUAUUAAGUUGCUAGUUUGGCCAUCGGAACAAUCGAAAUCUUUGUUUCGUUACGAGAAUAACCAAAAACAAGUGGACUUCAACACAAUCAAGGGCAUAUUACUGUUAAAUAAAAGCAACUUUGGAAUUUAAUUUCUCUAAAUAA